AUGGCUGCUUGCUAUCGGUUUGCGGAGAAUCAAGGACCUUUCCCACUGUACUUAAACGGGUGGGCUAAAUUGUUUCCAUAUGUCUACCAAAGGGCUAUGGAGGAGGGGAAGGCUUUAGAACCUCCGACCUUUAUUCGCAGAGUGCGCCAAUUAGUGGAAUGGGCUUCGCCUUUCAACAAUUCCCCAGGUGAGUGA